UAGUUGACAGUUGCAUUCUAGGUUUGUUCGUUUUUAAGAAGCAAACAGCUGUUCAUGCCAAUUCUCGGCAGGGAGCGAGCAAAACAAAACAUUGGAAAUUGAAUUAUUCUAAAUUCGUAUUAAUGAAAAUGUCUGCCGCGAAAUUCAGUGAUGCAAAUCUUUAUGAACUCCUCGGUAUAGAGCUUGAAGCUGAGCAAGCGGAGAUUCGUAAAGCCUAUCGCAAAAAAGCAUUGGAAUGCCAUCCUGACAAAAAUCCGGACAAUCCCAAGGCGGCAGAGCUCUUCCACGAAUUAUCCAAAGCUUUGGAGAUACUCAGUGAUGCAUCAGCACGUAGCGCUUACGACAAAGUAUUGAAAGCUAAAAAGGCAUCUGAACUACGAAACAAGCAAUUAGAUAGUAAGCGACAAAAAUUUAAAGCGGAUUUGGAACAACGUGAGCGGGAUGCCUUAUACACAUUGUUUAGCAAGCAGCCAUAUCCCACGGCUCCUAAAAGCGACGAGGAAGUAUUGCAGGAUCAAAUUGAACGACUUCGGCGGGAGGGCUCAAAACUCCUGGAGGAAGAACAGCGCUUAAUGAGAGAACAAUUGCUACGUACAGUGGCCGAAACCCAGAAGACGAAAGCGGCAACAUCGUUUGAUUCAUCGGCUCAUCGUAUUAAAAUUAAAUGGAAAGCAGAAAAGAAAGAUCCCAAUAACGGUGGCUACACACAAGAAAAAUUACAAAAUUUCCUGAAAAAGUACGGCGAGCUUGUAGCAUUGGUGAUGUCGAAGAAAACUGGCAGUGCGUUAGUAGAAUUCCAAACCCUUGAUGCUGCAGAGAUGGCACUCGCUUACGAAAAGGGUCUAGUGGAAAAUCCACUACAAUUGGAAUGGGUCACUCCAACAACAACAAAGGCGGCAGAGAAACCCACAAGUUCUUCGCUGGAUUAUGAAGACUUGGUCAUGCGUAAACUGCGGCAAGCUGAAGAGCGCAAAAAGUUAAUAGCACAGAUGCAAGCAGAAGAUGAAGCAGAGGGUUAAACUAAACUCAGUACAUAUAGUAAUUAAAAUAAAACCGUGGUUAAGAUUAA